AGCAUUUCCUUUCCAUUGAGCCGCCACCUUCUCACUGCUACGGACGUAUCUGACAUCGUCUCAAAUAAAAAAUAAAAAUGCCAGGAUUAUUGAGAACCGUCGCCAGCCGCGUCGCUCCCGUCAUGCGAGGACACACUGUGACCCAGACGGCGAAUUUGUACACAAGACCGGCGAAGGAGAAAAUCGGCACCUUUGAAACUGCAGUUGCAAUGGGACUGUUUUCUGCAGCCAUCCUGGGACCAUCUGGAUGGAUCCUGGCCCACCUGGAGGACUACAAGAAGAAGGAGUAACAUGGACUCUGAACUGUCUUAUCUGGUGCAUCCAGCCUCUGUCUCCUCCUGGGACCAUCAUCUUAAUGUUACACUGCAGCAAAAAAGUUUUACUUAUCACUCCUCUACCUCUAUGACAGCUCCAUGUCCCAGAUACCUAAACUUCAAAUAAAACGACGACUCUGAUCCUUCAAAUAUGUCAAUUGGGUUUUCAAUCUUCCCUCAUAAGGAGUGUUACAAAAUAAAUUUAAACUCAUGUUUC